AUGAUAAAAGGAAGCAGUAGAGGUUUAGUAGGAGUAUUAUUAAGUUGCCCAAAUUUUUAUGAGAAAGAUCCAGUACUUGAUGAAGAAGUUAUAUGUGGAACGGAACUACAGCAAGUAACCACCAUAACUGACAAUAGUACAACAAAAAAACCUGGAGAGGUAGAAGAAAUGCUUACAAGUGAAAUAAUAGAAUCUGAUUACUAUAUUAUAUCUCUGCUAGCAUCUGGUUACCCAAAUGUUUUACUUAAUGAGGCAAGGUAUCUAGACAAUGAGGCUAUUGACAACUACAAAAAGUUACAAAUCACAUCAUUAAAAAAUUCUAGCAUUAUAAUAAAAAGUAAUAAGGAAUAUAUUAAUAAUAUAAAGUUGAAUAUUGAUGAUCUAGAUUCAUAUGUAAAUAUUAUAACUACUAUUCUGUACCCAAAAAUAUCUGAAAGUAUUGAAGAAAUGAAAGAAUCAGUUUGUGAACAUAUUUCGGUAUUAAGCAAACUUAAUAAAAUAAAAAAUUCUUUUCAAAUUAUUAUGGACUUGAUAGAUUUACCCAAUUUAAUAAAUAACUUAAUAAAUGCUAAUAUGAUGGAUGAAGCACUAAAUGCACUAGAAUAUGGUGAAUCUUCAAUAAAGCUUGUUGAAACAUACUUAAUCGCUACUUCAUCAUCAUAUAGUAGAAAUAAAUCAGAAACUAGUUGUUCAUUACUACUUUUAGAUACAGUAUAUGAAAAGUUACAAAAAAUGAGGGAACUAUUUUAUCAUACUUCUAAAUUAAAAUUAAUUGAUAGCCAAUUAUCUCUUAUACAGGCUGUCAAUAUUAUUGGACAGCUUAGAAGGUUAAUGUUAUCUAAACAUAAUAUACUUGCAUUAGAUAAUGAUGUAAGUCCUAAACAAAAUCUAAAUGAAUCUAACACUUAUAAGCCUGUGACUAGUUCUCCCAGCGAUAUUAACUAUAUCCUAGCAAAUAUUUUUCUAGAAUGUCGAGGGGAAUAUUUGAAUUCAGAAUAUGCAGGAAAAGCUAUGGCAACAAUUAGUGUCAACCCCUAUUUGGCUUUAACAACUGCAAUGAGUUUGUUUAGUACACCAUUGCUAACUGUUGCAUCUAUUUUCGAUUCAAUAUUUCCUGAUCAGGAUUUGCGUAGGAAAACUUUAAUUCCGUGGGCUAAUAAGUACACAGAGUGGUUUGCUCAAUUGAUUAAAAUGGCUCUGCAUUUUAAACUAAAUGAUGGAGUUGAAAAAAUAAGUACCUUAUCUAUUGAACCCAAACUUGUAAAUUCAUUAACAUGUAAAACAAUAUAUUCUGCUAAUUUGGAUUUAGAUGAAUUACCACUAGCAGCUUCUUGUUGUCAGGCAAUAUAUAAACAAAUGUAUGCUCUAUUUUCAUCUUCUGGAACUGUCUCUUCUUUAAUACUACCUUUGAUUGAGACAUAUAUGAUUGAAUAUAUCAGGAAGUUACUCGAAUUUUCAAUUGAAUCAUUUAAAUUUGAAUUAAAAAACUUUGAUUGGUCAACUAAGAAUAAUUAUAUGGCGUCAUUAUCAAUACUUUCAUCUCUUUCAUUAUCAUCUCUAAAUCUUAAUAAUGGAAUAAACAAUAAUCCAAAUUCGAUAAUAAACUAUCGUCCUCUUGCUGUACUUUAUAAUGAAUUUACACAUGGAAUGAAUGAAUUAAGACAAUGUCCUAUUUUAUCAAUACAACCAUUUGUUGUUGAUUUGGUAAGAGACUUCUUAUCAAUAUUAAUAAAUGAGAUAAAUGAACUAUUUAGACAAAGUACACCAUACAAUAGCUCAAUUAAUGACAGCAUAAAACCUUUAUUCAUAAAUAUUGAUAAUGUUUUAGAUUUUACAAAAGUAUUUGUUUAUGAUUUUGUUCCCUAUGUUGAAAAUUGUCUAAAUUUUACUUUUGAUUUACCAGAUGAUCAGAAUAUAACUAAACCUAAUUUUGAAUCUGAUGAAAUAAACCCAAUAAGCUAUAAAACUAAUCAAAAUUUCCAUAAUAUAAAGUUAGAUUUAAAUUCUGAAAAGUUUAUUGCACCUUUAAUUUUAAAGUUAAAUUCAUUUUCAAAACCUUAA